AUGCUCGAUAGCCUUGUAGUGCCUAAUAAGUCCAGCGAUGCCUUGAAAAAUGAUGCAAACAAUAGGGAUUCAAUUUUUUGCGACUACUACUCGAAUCGUCAAGGAAGCUUUUCCAAUCGCAGGUUGAGGGAUUUUUCCAAUAUUUCGGAAACUUUGAAGUUUGUAGAGCAUUUGGAUUUAUCUCGAAACUUCAUCACAAAUAUUCCGAGUGGAAUCGAACAAUAUAGAUUGCUUACAACUUUGGAUUUAAGUUUCAACAAAAUUUUUUCUGUCCCGAAUUCGCUAUGCAAACUACCGAGCCUUCGGAUUUUGUUAAUGUCUAACAACUAUUUGUCUUCUCUUCCUGCGAAUAUUUGUGAACUUCAAAACUUGCAAGAGCUGGAUUUGUCAUUCAACAGGUUUAAACACUUUCCUUCUUCGAUUUGCUCACUUCACAGUUUAAAAGUUUUACUAUUAGGAUGUAACCUGAUUGAAACGCUUCCAGAAGAUAUAGUUGGUCUUCGUUGUUUGAAGAUUUUGGACUUGCAUUCAAACGGAGUAAAGCAACUACCUUUGAGCAUUAGAUUUAUGUGGUGUUUAGAGAGGUUAUCUCUAGAGGAAAAUCCCCUAUCCCCUCCCCUUUUAACUAUUGUUGCUCGUGGGAUCCCAUACAUAUUUGCAUUUUUAAAUCAACAAGCUUUAUGCAAUUCUAAUAAUACAAGUUGCGAAAAAUUUCAUGAUUCGUUAACUCAAUCGUCUUCUGCUCAGGUAACAAAUACUUCAAAUCAACAGAAUAUGAUGAAACUUUCUGAAAGUCAGGAUGUGAAUUCAAACUCUUCUAGUCCAUGUUUUGAGAAAACCGAGGUAAAUACGGAUUCUGACCAAAGAUACAUAUCGAAAUCUGAAAUUACAAAUCCUUCGUUGACAAUUCAAAACUUUACUUAUUCAACAACAAAUAACAAGAAUGAACAAUUUGAUAAACCAAAUGCUAAACUACACUCAAAUGACUAUAAUUGUAUUGAGAAUUUUAGUCAUAAUGUAUCAACACAAUCUUGUAUAAAUGAAACAUUGAAAUCUGGAUCGUCAUUUAGUUCUUUAUCAACUGAUGAUAAUGAAUCACUAACAAUGAAUAUGUAUUCUUCUGCUUAUGAGAAUGUUAUUCUUGAUAAGAAUGAAAAUGAAGUUUUCUAUUUAACAUCAAAUAUUUCACAACGAUUGACACAAACUAUCAAUAAUUCCCAAGUUACGCAACCUAUCUCUCCCGUCAAUGACAAUACAAAGAAGGCAAUAGUAUCAACGGUUCUGAAUGGGAAUGAUUCAGCAGUAGAGUCUUCAGUAGUACAAACAGUUAGCAGUUAUAUCAUUAGAAAUGAAACACCAUGUAAUGUUUGUGAACCAACUAAAAAUGGUCAGAUUAAAGAUUGUCCAACAAAUCAUUCUUCUUUUAAAUACGAUCGACGUGAUAAAGGUGGUCCCAUUUCUAGUCAUACUCGGUUACGUUAUUCUAAACGUCAACAAAUAGAACAUGAUAGAAAUGUUCAUAGUAGUUCUGGUUAUAUAACACCAGAUUCAUAUUUAUCAGAAAAUUGUAAUAGAUCUCAAACAAAUGGAUAUCAUAGUCAAAAUUUCAAUCAAUACCAUAAUGAUAAAAAGUUGAUUAAUCAAAGAAAUCAUACACAACUAUUAUAUCAUCCUCAUAAAAAUAGUUUAUAUAAUGAAGAUAUAUCUAAUAAAAUAACACAUGUUGGUGUUGCUUUAUGUAUGCCUUCAGAAUGUACUUUAAAAUUACCUAAAAACUUUCAAACUUCACAUAAUUAUCAACCACAAUCAACAAAUACACAUUGUCAAGAUUCAAGUAUAACAUUUUCUACUGAUUAUUUAAGUGAAGAUGUCAGUAGAAAAAGUGAAAUUCGGAAUAUAGAUACAUUGAAGUAUAUGAAAAUGAAUUCACAUAAGGAUACUGUUAAAUGGGAGGAAUUAAAUUCUGAUGAUUUAAUAAGAAUUAAUCAAUUAAGAACAAUAAUCGAUAAAGAAUUAAAUAUUCGUCUACCAAUUAAUCCAAAACACUUAAUUAUUGAAUUGAGUACUGGUGUUAUUUUAAUUCAGUUACUGAAUAAAUUUAUCGGGACAACAUCAACUAUCAAAAUCUGUUUACCUAGAAAUGAUCAGCAUCAUAAUAUGUUAAAUGAAGUAGUCAAAUCUUAUCGUCGAAAUUUAAGACGUUGUCGUGAAUCAAUAUAUCGUUAUGGUGUACCUAAAGAAUAUCUAUUUUCCACUGAAUCCAUUGUAAAUCCUCAAAGUGCUGAUGGUUUAUUAUCGUUGGCUAAUUCCAUUUCUAUUUUAUACAAGUUACAUAAUAAUAAUAAUAAUAAUAAUAAUAAUAAUAAUAAUAAUAAUAAUAAUAAUAAUAAUAAUAAUAAUGCAAAAUCUCCCAUAAAUGCUUCUUCAUCUAAUCAAAUUCAAAAAGAUUUUGAUAUAAACAUAGAAAAUCAAUAUAAUACCAAAUGUGCACAAAAUCGAUUCACAUCCUCCCCUAUACAGCAACAAUAUUUACAAAAAAAUCAAUAUAAUAAUAAUAAAACAGUCAAUCAUCAUAGAAUAUAUCAAAUGAAUAUCUGGUCAAAUUAUUUAUGCUCAGAUGUGUAA